AUGGCUCUCACCGAAUCUUCUUCCUUCUCAGGCAGCGAUCGCCCGCUCCGGUCGACGCAGCUGCCCUGUGAGGCCUAUGUCCUUGCCCUCGCAGCCCUCCCAGACACCUACGCCGCAGCCGCGUCCGCCCCUUCAAGCCAGAUACACAUCUUUGACAAAGCGUCGCUGCGUGAUGUCCUGACCCUGAGCGGCCACGACGGAGGAAUCACCCAUCUUCGUGCCGUCGACUCCGUCGCUGGGACCAAUCGCCGCGUCCUCGUCUCUUCUGGAAGAGAUGCAUCUGUCAAAGUCUGGGACGAUCGCACGCGCUCCCCUCCCCUCCAGAUGAGACCCGCGGGAACGCCCUCCGCACUGCUUUCUUGUGAUGUGUCGCAAGAUGGCAUGCUGGUCGCUGCCGGCACGCUCCUGCAAAAUGACGACGCCCUGAUCCACUACUGGGACCCGCGGAACCCUGCUGCCCCUUUGCGCUCUCAUUCGUCGACGCACUCUGACGACAUCACCGCCGUGCACUUCUUGCGCCCGUCGUGGCGCUCUCCUUCGCCCGAUCACAGAAUCAUCCUGUCUUGCUCCUCAGAUGGCCUGGUCAGCACCUCCAAUGCCGACGAAGAUGAUGAGGACGAGGCUGUUAUGCAUGUCGCCAACUGGGGAUGUAGUAUCUCCCAAGCUGGCUGGAUCACGCAGAAUAAUUCACCUCCUCGUGUUUGGGCGAGUAGUGACAUGGAGACUUUCAGCACAUGGUCUGAUGAGCUCCAAAUCGCACACGACCUCGAUAUCCGUGUUCCAUCCGUCCAUAGUCAACAGCGAACGUGGGUGACGGACUAUCUCGUCGGCUGUCAUAUGUCGAGCGAGAGCGGACUGGGCGUCUUUGUCGGUUCCAACGAAGGAGACAUCGCACUCCUAAGAAACGCAGACUAUGCCGACGGGGCCGCGCCAUGGUCUUUAGAGCGUAUAUGGGCAAAUGGACACACUGGCGUCGUGCGAUCGAUGCUUUGGGACGAACAACAUAACGUCCUCGUGACUGGCGGAGAGGAUUCCAGAAUACGCACAUGGCAUCAAAAAAAGCUCGGCGUCAGCCACACUGAGUACAGUUCUCUGGAGAAUGCCGUUCAAAAGUAG